AUGGAUUGUGUUAUGAAUGAAGUGACCGAGUUAAAAAGGUUUUUAGAUGAUUUAAAUGGAAAGUAUGAAGGAAUUCGAAUAUUUAUAGGGAAUAAUUCAUUAGCUGCCUUUAAAUUUAUCAGUUCAAUGCAGGACUUCUCAUACAGAAGAUUUGGCAGGAAUAUUUUUGAAUUCUACGGAAUGGAAAGGCCAUCUGAUCGUGCUAGUAGGAGCAAGUAUCUAGACGGUCUUACAGGGUAUAUUGAGUUAUUUGAUGAGUCGCCAGAGAAUAGUUUUAAAUCUCCGAAAGUUAUAUGCCAGGGCGCAGUUCACUUUGAUUGCCAAUUUGUAUGGCCGGGAUGGGGGCACUCUUCUGAAGAUCCAAGCUUUCCCAGGGAGUGUAAGAAGAAUGGAUUGAUAUUCAUAGGGCCAAGCGAGCAUGCAAUGGAUCUUCUUGGCAGUAAAAUAUCUGCAAACAAACUAGCUGAUAGUUCUGGCAUACCAAGUAUUCCAUGGAUAGAGGUGGCGGAGCUAUCAAAAGUCCAAGAGUUCUGCAGAAAAACAGGAUUCCCAUUAUGGUAA